AUGUCUUAUCCAUAUUCUUCUUAUUUCAAUGAGCAAACUCCACCUUCAUAUUAUCAUUUUUCUCCUCACACAAUCUCGAAAGGUUUGGGAAGCCUUGGGAAGCCUUGGGAAGCCUUGGAAAGCCUUGGGAAUCCUUGGGAAGCCUUGGGAAGCCUUCAAAAGCUUCUUGAAGCCUUCAGAAGCCUCUGGAGAAGCCUAAGAAGCCCUAAUUUUUCCAGAAUCUACAAAAGCAAGCGCACCUCCAGCUCCUUCUUCACUCACAAAUCAAGAAAAUUCAACACCACCAAUUUGUCCACCAAAUUCUUGUGUUUCAAAUAAUGAAAACAGUUAUCCGGAAUACGAAAUUGGAAAAAAGGAGAAAAAAGAGAAACGGGGAUUUUUCAAGAAACUAUUUGGGAAAAAUAAAUCGGAUAAGAAUUGA